AUGGUUUAUCUUUUAAUUCAAAUUGUACCCAAUGAGAAUUCAUCUUUUGUUAUUCUAAUUGACUACACAUCGCUCAGGAUAUUAAGUUUGGAGGACCAUUUAAACAUGUAUUAUAAUACCAUCUCCUAUUGUGUCCAAUUUACUCUUGUACGCCUCAAUAGUGGCGUAUUUCAGCUACCACCUUUCUUGAAAGACAUUCGAGACCCUUUGGGUCCGGAAAGUGCCAUCACAGACCAGAGUCCGACGUUAUCAGUUUACCGUUUGUAUCUGUCUUUGGGGACCUUGGAAUGUGUCGAGCGUCGCACAAUGGAAUGA